UGCAAUAUAAUGCCAUUUUGCAUUAUAUUCUUAUCCACCCCACCCCUCUUUAGGUGUGAUGAACAUGUUCGGUUCUUCAUCUCUCCUCUCUGUCAGUCCUUACCUGCAGGCAUGGUGACCCAGCCCGUCGUCCUGAUGCCCUCUGUGUACCAGCAGGGGGUGGGAUAUGUGCCCAUUGCAGGAGUGCCUGCAGUCUACAACCAGGGCAUGAUGCCGAUGGGGUUGCCCGCAGCCGUGCCCGCAGUGGGGGGCCCGGGGCCGGUGUGCAGCGAGGAGGACCUGAAGGCUCUGCAGGACAUGUUCCCCAACCUGGACCCCGAGGUGGUCCGCACCGUGCUGGACGCCCAGCAGGGCAACAAGGACGCUGCCAUCAACUCUCUGCUGCAGAUGGCCGAGGAGCUCUAACUGCAGAACAUGGCUCACAGUUGAAAUACGCACGCGCGCGCACACACACACACACACACACACACACACACACACACACACACACACUGCAGCCACAGAGAUGUUUCCUGUCCCUCUAUUGAUCCUGCAUUAGGAUGUGAGGGUGCUUAAGGUUUGUAUCAGUGUGUUCAUCUGCUCACUCAGCGUUUGAUUUGCACUGUCUGAGCUGUAGUGAGUCCUGUUGUUGUUAUUAUGAUGUUUACAUCAUGUCUGUAGUUACCUGCAGAAUUCUGUUGUUUUAUAUGUCGCUGUAAAGUGUUUAAUGCAGAGCUCAAAAUCUGGUAAAUUAUUAUGGAUGUAUAAAUUAUUUAGAAUAUAUGGUGAUGAGUUGAUGAACAAACACCCUGAGGACGCCAUGUCACUCUGAGUCAUCUUUCAUAGUGAGCAAAUCAUUUCUGAUGACACCAUUAUCAAUCAGUGCAGUAAGGAUGUGGGAACUGUUGUAAAGUAAUAUCCGGUGUAUAUAUGAGAGUUUUGAUAAAAACACAGUUAGCUGUGAUGAACAUUGUCUGGAGAGAUUUACUCUAACUUUUAUUGAGAUAAGUAUUCACCGCUGUAUUUAGAAAUACUUAGUGCCCCCUGAGUAGUGAGGGUGAGAACCCCACUGGAUGUUCAUCCCCAUAGGACCAAACUAUUUAGUGUGCCAGAAAAACAUUUCAUAUGUUCCAAUUCAUAGUAUGUCAAACCCACAAUGCCAAAAACACCAGGUUUUUCUGACUGGAUAGCAGAUAUAAGAGCAAGAGGGUCAAAGUUCAAGAUGGUCCUGCAGUAUGAAGUAAAAGAACAACUAAUUGCAUCUAUUGUUUAUGGUGACCCCCCCACCAUCCUAUUAAAGCAUGUACAUGAGGACCAACAGAUUCAUAUUCACUGUGUGAUGUGAUCGCAACGCUUCCUGAUUCCCGGCCACAGCUGUGCCCUCUAGCUCCUCUAGAUCUCCUCCGCUCCACUGUGGAUUCUGCCUGCCAAAGGUUCACGUGACAGAUGUCGUCUGAUGGACUUAUCACUUGUGAUUCAUUUACUAUCGCUCAUUAUUACUUCACAAUUUCAGUCAUUUUGUUCUGUGUCAUGUGAUUCUGUUCUUUCAGCAUCUGGACAUCCUUGCACUUGCAGUUUAAUUUAUUAAAUUGAUUAUUAGAA